GCAAUAAUUAAAUGUUUGUGAUGCACUUUAAUUAGGCUAUCGUUUGCACUCAUCCUCAAAGCAGUAGCGUGACUUCUGAUCCUAUACAUGGUAUCAUGCAUAAAUCAUAAAUUUUCAAGAGGUUAUAAAAGGCAUCUCGAACUCAUCGACGCCAAUUACCACCUCGAUACCCUAGCGAUCAUGUACGUUUCCCGCGCGACCAAAUUCGAACCCAAGCUCACCCCCACCGAAAAGGGUCGCAACUACCUGCACGAAUCCAAACAGCUCGCCGAGGAGUUCUGCAACAACACCUCGAUCCAUGGGGUAAAGUACUUUGUCGGAUCCAACCGGGCGCUCAUCGAGAAGGUCUGGUGGAUCAUUGUGUUUCUACUCUGCUUGUAUGGUUGUGGAACGCUCAUCCAAACGGUCUACAUCAAGUGGGAUCGCGAGCCGGUCAUUGUGACGUUUGCCCAGAAACCGACCCCAGUGUUCCAAAUCCCAUUCCCAGCGGUAACGAUCUGUCCGGAGACCAAAGUCAAGGCUCGCGAGUUCAACUUUACCCGAGCCUACCACCUUAGCAUGCAUCCGCUGUUCCGGAAGUCCCUAAGCGAUGGAGAGUUAGAUAAAUUGCUGGCGAUGCUCCAGGUCUGCGAGUUCGCCUUUGUCGAGCAGUUCCCAAACCAAACGUAUGACGACAAUUGCGUAAAGCUGCUCAAGUCAAUGGCGAUUCCUGAGCACGAGAUGUUCUUGGCUUGCACCUGGCGCGCGGAGAGCGUCAACUGCUCGUCGGAGUUUACGCUGACACUGACCGAUGUGGGCUUCUGCUACACGUUUAACUCGUUAUCCGGUGAGGAUAUGCUGAGGAAGGAUCAGCUUCACGCGGACUUUCGAUAUCUGGAGGAGACGCGAUCGUCUAGCAGUUGGUCGUUGCAUGGUGGAUACCUGCCGGGGACAGACAUCGAUACGUAUCCGCGUCGGGUUCUUGGAGCCGGUAUCAAAGCUGGAGUGUCCGCUUUGCUGAAGGCCAACGACAGUGACUUGGAUUACCUUUGCGGAAACUCAUUCCAGGGAUUCAAGGUGCUGCUACACAUGCCCAACGAGUAUCCGCUCCUCCUUAACCAGCACUUUAGAGUCCCCCUCAACCAGGAGGUCGCCGUCUCCGUAACCCCACGCAUGAUCGAAACGUCCGAAUCGAUCGACUCGUACAAACCGUCCCGGCGCCAGUGCUUCUUCAACCACGAGCGGUACCUCAAGUUCUUUCGCACGUACUCGCAGACCAACUGCGAGCUGGAAUGUCUGGCGAACUUUACCCUGGAGCGCUGCGGAUGCGUCAAGUUUUCGAUGCCACGGGUCUCGGGAGUGCACAUCUGCGGCAUCGGCAAGGAGGUCUGCUACGAGCAGGCGACGAUUGAGCUGCUCGAGAUGGAGGUAAAGUAUCGGGAGAAUCCGGACGUGCCGUAUCAGGACGAUUGCAACUGUAUGCCGUCGUGCACCUCGGUGCAGUACAACACCGAGAUAUCGCAGGCCUCGUUUGAGUGGAAGAAGCUGCUGCCGGUUGUGAGGUCGUUUGGGGAUGAAGUCAAAGGAGUCCAGCUGUCACAUCUGAUCGUUUUCUUCAAGGACGCACAGUUUAUUCCGGUUAUGCGAAGUGAGUUGUUUGGAUUGACGGAUUUCCUGGCGAAUUGUGGAGGGUUGUUGGGACUCUUCAUGGGAGUCAGCAUCCUGAGCUUGGUGGAGAUCUUUUAUUACUGUGUCAUCAAACCGCUGAUCAUGUGGAGUAAAUCACAGAAGAAUAAAGGUAACUCUGUGCAGGUUCUAAUGGUUGAUGGGCAGAAACCGGCUAUCAAAGAUCAGAUCAACAUUUGGCAGUCGGAUGGCAGGAUUUCAACGAAAUAUUAGGAUAAGAGUGUGUUCUAAUUGCAUGUUUGAAAACCAGCACAUUAAAACUACUGCAUUUUGGUCAACACCUUUAACACGUUGCGAAAUUUAUUGAAAAUAAAGUGUGAAGCACAAACUC